CGCUUAUGUUUCAAAAUGGCAACCGUACUACCUUAUACAAAGUUAAAGAUAUUACAAUAACUGUUAUGAGACAGAACGGGGAUUGAGCUUCUGAAUAAAGUUUAGUAAUUUUAUGCAUAAACAAUGGGUUCUGGUUCUAGUAAUCAAAUUAAUACAGCAGAGUCGUCUUGUUCCAAUAUCACAAUCGAGCAAGGAAGUCACAUCUCUCAACCAAAAAGCAGAAUGUUCAGGAAAGUUAGGAAGGAUUUAAAUGGAAAAUCUAAAGCAGAUGUUGUUAGUUUUGAGAAACCAUUACAGAAUAAUGAUGUUCAAAACACAUUUAGUUUUUCUAAUACUUCUGUAAUUAAAGAAGAACCUUGUCAAAACUGCUGUAAAAAGUUUAAAGAGCUGGAACAAGAGUUAGCUAGAGUGGAAAGUGAAAGGUUGGAUUUACUAGAUCAAAUCCAGCUAUUUGAGGAAAGAAGUAAAGAAAAAAAUGUGCAAGGGUCCCAGUCAAGUGAUAGUUACCCUGCCUUAUUUAAUGAGUCUCUUCAUGUUAAAGACCAGUGUAUUUUAAAAUUGGAAAAAGACCUUCAGAAAGCUGUAGAUGAUUCUAACAAAAUGCAAAGGAAACUAAAAAAACAAGUCAGAGUGCUUCGAAAACAAAUUCAGGAAAUGCGUCAAGAAACCUUUAUAAAUAAAAUGGAGGUGAAGGCGCAGCAGAGAGAAUUAGAAGAAGAAGAAUCUCAGUUUUCAGAGAUAUCAACUAACAGAAGAGAACUGAAAACUUUAAGCGAUUUUUCAAUGGAUGAAAAUAAUCACUCUAAGGUUCAGAUUGAUGAAAAUAAUCACUCAAAAGUAAUUGUAGAGCUUUCUAGUCAGCUGAAUGAACAGAAUGACUUGAUCACAGCAUUAGAACUUAGCAUUGCUAAAAAAGAUUUGAAAAUUCAAGAACUUCAAAUGGCUCUUGGUAAACAAUCAAAGACUACAGAUUCUCACAAAUCUGACACCUACAAAGCUAUACAAAGUGUAACAAAUGGUAUUUUUUCACACAAAGAGUCAGUCUCUUCUCAAAGCAGUUUAGAAAAAAAAAGACUGAAAAAUGUUGAAGAUAAACCAUUUGUGUGUGACAAAAAGACUAACAAACAAAACAUUUGUCCAACUUAUCCAAGCUAUGAAAGACAACCUAGUGUAUUAUCAGACUCUGACUCAGACUGGGAUGUUAAUACUAGUCCACCAAAUAAUCUAUUUUCAAAUGAAACACGAGUUAGAAGUGCUGAGUUUACAUCAAAUAAAGUAAAGGAAGAUACUGCUACCAAACCUGCAAGUGCAAGCCCCUUAGACAGUAGAGAUAACAAAAGAUUACACAAAGUUGAGCAACAGCUUUAUGGAAAACCAAACACACCCCUGUUGGCAUUUGAUAGCAGUAACGAUAAAAUGAAAUCAGGCAUCAAUUUUGAUUCUAGUGCUCUCCUUUUUGUUGAUUCAUCUAAGCGACUCUAGAACUUAUAUUUUUAUUGAGCAGUUUUAUACAAUUUUAUAAAAAUUUAGUUCAUUUUGUCCACCAGUGAAAAAGAUAUCAAUUUUUCAUAAUAAAUACUUGAUCUGUUGUCCUUUUUUCCACUCUUCUUUUUUAAAAUGCAGGUUUCUCUCAAAUACUU